AUGGAAGAGCAGCCCCAGGCAUUCGAUGCCAAACAGCUGGAGCGGGCCAAGAAGCGUCAGCGCUCCAGAUCCCCCGUUGGCGGCGACCAGCAAGUGCGCAAGCCCAAGCGACCCGGACAGCGUGCCCGCAUCACGGAUGCCGAGCGCGAGGCGAUUAGGCAGCGCGCCAUAGAGAGGGAGAGGCAGGCGCAGGAGCAAGCCGACCGGGAGCGCCGCGCCGAGAUCAACGAUGUCGUCAGGUCGCACUACAAUGCCGUCCCAGAGCGUGGCCGCGAGUGGAGAACGACGGACAGCACAAUCAAGGGCCUGAGGUCGUUCAACAACUGGAUCAAGAGCUGCAUCAUUCAAAAGUUCUCGCCUGACGAGGAAUUCGCACUGGGCCAUCGCGACCGCAGCUCGGCCAACGAGCUCCUGGUCCUGGAUAUCGGCUGUGGGAAGGGAGGAGAUCUGGGCAAGUGGCAGCAGGCGCCGCAGAAAGUACAGCUCUACGUGGGCUUGGAUCCCGCCGAUGUGAGCAUCGCGCAGGCUCGAGAACGUUACCUCCAGAUGGGCCGAGGCGGUGGUGGAAGGGGCGGCCGCGGCGGCCAUCAUCGGAGACCCCCUCCACGGGUUUUCGAUGCUCGCUUCCACGUCAAGGACUGUUACUCGUCGAGCAUUGCCGACGUCAACAUUGUCUCCGAGGUUGGCUUUGAUAGCAACCCGCUCAAGCGGAAUGGAUUCGACGUCGUGAGCAUGAUGUUCUGCAUGCACUAUGCUUUCGAGUCGGAACAGAAGGCGCGCAUCAUGCUGCAGAACGUGGCCAGCGCUCUCAAGAAGGGUGGCCGUUUCAUCGGUUGCAUUCCCAACUCUGAUGUCAUUGGUCAAAAAGUGCGCGAAUUUAACGAGGAGAGGGAGAAGAAGGCAGCAGAGGCGGAGAAGACUGGCAAGGAGAAUGACCCGUCUGCCGAGGAUGGCGAGGUCGAGGAGGGCGAAGCGGAACCUACCGCGUCAUGGGGAAACUCGAUCUACCGCGUGAGAUUCCCGGGCGAGACACCCGAUGACGGCGUCUUCCGCCCGCCAUACGGCUGGAAGUACAACUUCUUCUUGAACGAAGCCGUCGAGGAAGUCCCCGAGUACGUUGUCCCGUGGCACGCAUUUCGUGCUUUGGCGGAGGAUUACAACCUCGAGCUUCAGUACCAUAAGACUUUCAAGGAGAUCUACGAGUCGGAGAAGGAUGACGAGGUUCUUGGUCCGCUCAGCGAGCGCAUGAAGGUGAGGGACCGGGACGGAACGUUGUUGGUGUCACCCGAGGAGAUGGAGGCCGCCAGCUUCUACGUUGGCUUCUGCUUCUAUAAAGUCUGA